GAAGGUUAUCGAGAAGGCUUUUUUUUAUUCCAAUGUUGGUUGCCAGGUUACGUCGUCUACGCCGUACGUACUUUGCGCUGAGUAGGAGCUACUGCGUUAACGCCCACUUGAGGUAUUGCUCUUUUUUUUCUCUCUGCGGAGAGACCGCUCCAUUCAUAGGGUUGGGCAGGCAGGCAGCAGAAAACGAAGAGUGGAAGAAACACCAUCGGUGGAACCGAAAGGAUGGUCUCGCGUUGAGCCCACCAGGCCCCCUUAAUCCGCGAAAUCUUCGCUGGCCAUUUUCCCUCCCAUUAGGACAUACCCCGAAUUUAAACCGACACCUUCUCUUCAGGAAUGGGACUCAAGUGUCUCGGCUGAAUGCUGGCGUUCCCAUCCUUGUUUUUUGCAACCUGCCGCGGAAAUAGACUGACUUCCUCGUCGCCUGCUCAUCUGCUGCUGCCGCAGACCUAGCGCUCGAUUCGACUCAUUUAGCCCAGACCGUCCACGGACUCGCUGGCUCAGGCAUCUGGACACAUCGGGGCUGGUCAGUCGUCGUUGGAAAAAAGCAAAACGUGCCUGUGUGUGCUUUUGCUGCCUGUAUGAUGCCGACACAUUUGCGUUUCCGGAGAAGGUCAUUCCUUGGGCUUUUAUUCCUUUUUUCGCUCUCCACCUCGGUACUAUAUUUCAUCUACUCCGCCCCCGGAAUCGUGAAUGAGUAUGUGUUCAUGGUCCAAGCUAGAGGCAUCCAGAUUAGAGAAAACGUGAAGAACAUAGGGGCUCAGGUUCUGGAGCAAGUUGUGAGAGGGGCCUACAGCAUCAAUGGCACAGAUUAUUCCUAUGACUUCAACGAGAGCGAGAGCGAUGCUCCUCCCACCACUUACCUCCCUGAGGGUUUCACAUACCUCCCUUCGCAGGUUUGCCCUGAGAAGCUGCCCUCUAUGAAGGGCAGGUUGGAGGUGAACAUGAGUGAAAUAUCUCUGGAGGAGGUGGAGAGGUCCUUGCUGGAGCGAGAGCCCACCAUGGCUCUGGGAGGCUUCUGGAAGCCCAAAGACUGUUUACCUCGCUGGAAGGUGGCAAUCCUCGUUCCAUUCAGGAAUCGUCACGAACACUUACCCAUCCUACUGAGACACCUGGUGCCUGUGCUGCAGAAGCAGAGACUCCAGUUUGCCUUUUAUGUCAUUGAGCAGGGAGGAACAGAACCAUUUAACCGAGCCAUGUUGUUCAACGUGGGCUAUAAGGAGGCCAUAAAGGACCUGGACUGGGACUGUCUGAUCUUCCAUGACGUGGACCACCUCAUGGAGAACGACCGGAACUACUACGGCUGCACGGACAUGCCCCGACAUUUUGCAGUCAAACUUGACAAGUACUCCUACAUGCUUCCAUAUAAUGAGUUCUUUGGUGGUGUCAGUGGCCUGAUGGUGAAGCAGUUUAAAAGAAUUAAUGGAUUUCCCAAUGCGUUCUGGGGCUGGGGAGGCGAGGACGAUGACCUCUGGAACAGGGUGCAGUUUGCCAAUUACAGUGUAAGCAGACCAUAUGGAGACCUGGGACGCUACAUGUCUAUUCCGCAUCACCAUCGUGGAGAAGCCCAGUUCCUGGGAAGGUAUAGUCUACUACGUCACUCAAAGGAGAGACAGAAAGUGGAUGGUCUUAAUAACCUAAACUAUUCACCCCUAAUUUCAAGAAGUCGACUCUUCACCAAUAUCACAGUCAGCUUGAGCAGAAAGCUUGCACCUGUGGCUGACUACUGACGUAGGCAGAGCUGGACUGCAAAAACACCUGGGAAUCAAAAGUCCUUUAGGACAUCAGCCAUAUCUCACCAGUCGCAGCACUGCUUAGGACUUAUUUAGUUUUUUGUUGUUUUUUUGCUUUGUUUUGUUUUGUUUUGCUUUGUGUUUGUUUGUUUGUAUGCAAAAACAGAAAAAACUGAAAUGGAGACUCAAAUUAGCAGAUUUGAUAAAUCAUCUUUAAAAAAAAAAGAAGUAGGGAUAAAUGCUGCACUUAUUCGUGCCACAGUUCAUUACUCUUCAUCUGGGCUUGUGUACACGUCAGUCUCCACAUGCCUUUUGCACCAUUUUGGCCUUCAGCAUCCCAUUUGUCAAGUUUGUUCCUUAUUUUCUCUUUUGAUUAGCUCCGCCCUGAGCUGUUGUGCUUGACUACAGAAUUAGGUUACACAUUCAAGCACACACACACACACACACACACACAGGCCACACACACACACACAGGCCACACAUGUAUGCACACAGGAUUAUGUACUUGCAUGUGCUGACAUGGGGGUGGGGGGGCGUUGGAGCUUAGAUCUUUGAUUUUAGUUUUGCUCUUCUGAUUUCAUAAAUGCAGUAAGCCUGUGAAAACAUUUGCAUGUGCACACAACCCUUACAGCGCCACGCAGCGACUUCAGUUGAGUGGAUUCAUGCAGCUGGUUCUGCAAUAGGAAUGCCAAAUCUAAAAGUAAAGAUAGAUAGAGAAGAUGAUAUAUUGUGCGAGAAAUAGUUUAUUCCAAGUAAAAAAAAAAUAAUUAUUUCCUUAAUCAUUCGUAUUCCGUCUUGUGAACAUACCAUUUAAAGACUGUGAUGUUUGUGUUUGCGUUGUUUCAUUGAAUGUUCUGGCUGCCUGCUAAUGGCUGUAUGUUGGAGUGCAAUGCUCAUCCUGUUAGCAAUAAGCUGCAAUAUCAGACAGCAGAACUUAGCCCUGACUUCCUUAUUGUACAGAUGCAAUAGCAUGGGUGCUAGCAUUCCCUUGUUGGACUAAAGAAAAGGUGUGACUGCGUAUGCAAACCUUAAAUUGAGCUCAGCUUUGCUUAAGCAAAACGUGGCGCCCCCUUGUUUUUGUUUUUUUUUUUUUUUUCCCAGAACUCACGUCUGCCUUGUGUCUACAUCUGUGUGUGAGUGAGGGCAAGCUAUGCAAAUGGCCUGCAUGCGUCUGGUCGCCAGGAAAGGAGGAGACGUUGUCUCCCAACUCUUGUUUGGCCGACUUUAGACCUCACUCUGUGUGCAGCGUGUAAAUCUAGGUCAGAAAGAAAUAGGUGCAGGUCUAUUUUUAGACGGUCUUAAUGUUUACUCACCUUCAAUUUUUUUUUUACAGCACAAAACUGGAGGUUGCAGAUACUUGACUUGUGUCACCAUCACUGGUGUUUACAGAAUCUCAAUACUUGUCUAGUGUUUGUAGCCAGCCUUCCUCCGCCCAGGGUGCUGCAAGCAUCUUAUCUGUUCAGCAACCCUUUUCUGGCUGCCUUUUUUGUUAAAUUGACCCUUAUUUUCUCGCAUUGGAAAAAAAAAGAUGAUCUGAUUGGGAAAAAAAAGAUGAUCUGAAUGAUGGUGUUGUGUGAUUACUACUGAUUGGCUUUAUGUCCAAGCUUUUCUUCGUCUAAAUCAAACUUUGAAGUGUUGAUCUAUGUAGAGAUUUUUAUUUUUAUUUUGGAGAGGCAUGCUGCCUGACACUGUGCUAUGACACACACUGACAGUCCUCUCAAGUUACACAGCAGCUCCUCUCUGUUUGUUUAACAGUGUUCGUUUUUGGGGUCAAAUAUCCCCAAACCAAUGUAGUUCCAUUUUUAAGAUAUCACACAGACAUAUACUCUUCACUGUCUUCUUGUCAUGCAGCUACAUCAUUUCACACAAAUCGCCUUGUAUACAUUUCUAAACAUGUUUCUCCUAGGAGGCAUGUACGUAAUCGAAAAAGAAAAAAAAACUGUUGGAUUUCAACGAUAAAAUACAAACUAAUAGGGGCUGGCCCUCUUGUCUAUUUAUUUGACGAAUUACUUACUUUUAAUUGUUCAGUUUUUAUUUUUCUUGCGGGUUGACGUGAUGACUUAGGAAGUGACAGACUGUGUUAGAUGCACUGAAACAUAGCUGUGUGUAGUAGUGUGGGAUUCUGAGGUUCGGUUCUGUGUAAAUGGGGGCAGUUCCGUUUCAUUCAGACACAGAUCUUAUUUCUCUUUAGCAGCGGCGCCAUUUGCACCGCCGUAAUGAGAUGAAAUGAAAUGGAAUGGCACCCAUAUUGUAGCUUGGUGUUAUUACUCUUCUGAGCAGAGGUGUUGGAGGAGGCCAUUUUGUGUGAUAACCACAGGAAGAGCAAGACAGAGUUUUAAAAAUGCUAGUGGACUCUUUCUUUCACUGAUCACCUCCAUUACACUGAUGAUAAUCAAUGGUACUGACCUUCCACAGCUCCCUUUGGGGGACGUACUUACUGGAGCCAAUUUUACCAGGACAUGAUGUGAUACUGAGUGGCAAAAAAACAUUAUUGAGACUUCUGGCUCUUUCAUUUAGUCUAUUCAUCAUGUGGGCUAGAUACUAUUAUGAUAUCAUUCAGUGAAUUUAUUCAUGCUGCCAUGUUAAACUAACCCAUGUGUGAAUUGUUAUGCUAGCAGAUCUCAGUAGUGCUUACACCCCUGUUCAAAUACAAGGUUUCUGCUGAUUAAAACAAUGAGGCAUUCUAAAUUACUUUACUAAAAAAAAAAAAAGUCUGCAAGGAGCAUGUCACAUCUUAAUUUGCUCCAAAUCUACUAUAAAUUAGUCAGACUGUGAGGACAUUUCUUAUCCAUGUUCCAUCUCCUGUGAUUCCUUAUAUUUUCUGUCACACUUACAGUAGUUGUGGAUUUGGUCAUUCAAAAACUUAGUGAGGUAUUUUUCCUGUUGGUUUUGAAGUACGCUUAGAAUCACAUUACUGUUGGAAAAAUGAAAUCUAUCCUCAUCUUCUGCUUUAUAGCAAAGUUAAUCGAAACUAUGAAUCAUGUUCUCGUCCACCUUUGCCAAAAAACAAAUGGAAGAAAAGAUCCCCCAGAGUAUGAUGUUACCACCACUGUGCUUCAGUGUGGUGGUGUGUAGUUGUGGUUGUUCUAAAUAUCUUUAGCAGCACAAUAGUCGAAGUUUUGAACUAUGAAACAUUUUAGGAGACAUUGGUAUUACAAAAACAAACAUUGCACAUAUGGAGAAUACUCUUUUCAAAUGUGGAGAACAAGCAAUACCAGCCAGAAAUUCUUGCAGCACCUUCAGGGUUGCUGUCAGGGUAUUGGUAUCCACAGUGACAAGUUACCAUCUUGGUAUGUCUUCGAUUUUGGAGAAAUAUCCAGAUUUUGUUACGUCUACGGUGCCUCUUUAUUUUCUCCAAUCAGUGAAGAGUUUUUUCACAAGAGUACAUAUAAUUUUCUGACUGAGUUUGGGUUCUUUCUAACUUCUUCACAAGAUAUUGAAUAGCUAUUGCUCCUUUAACUUAAAUCCCACAGAUGUAAAAGAAUCCCAUCAGGACAUCUGACCUCUGUUUCACAUUAUCAGAAUCACAAUAGCCAAUGGCAGAUUUGAACCUAAAAUGAAUGAAAGCUGAAACUGAAUCAAAAAUAUGCUUCAUCAAAGUAUUGAAUUAAGGACGCAAACUUAAGUAAAAUCAGUUUUGUUUCUUGAAAUCACUGCAACCUGGAAUUUUAACAGUGGUGUUUACACUUCAGAGACGAUCUGUGUGUUUAGAAAGAGCUGUGGCUCAUUUUCAGAAACGAAUCAUGCAAACCUCCUCGCUCCAGAUUACGGAGGUGCCCAGUGGAAGUUAGGGACAGUAGCAAGCAAUUGUGUUAAGUUUUCUAUUCCAUGUGUGUUUGAGUGAAAUGGCUAAAACCUUUCAGAGGUGCAACCAUCCUCCAUAUGAACCUUCUUUUCAAGUUUUUUAUUUUUUUUUUGUAUUUUUAUGUUUUGGAUUUUGUUUACCAGCACUGAUAUGAAGUUUUUCUUUCCUGGUAGUGAACAGCUGGCAAG